AUGGCGUCGCAAGUUUUCCGUGCCACACGGAUGGCAGCAAAUGUUCCAAUUUCGCAGGCUGGACUAGCUGUUCGAUGUCUAAGUACGUCGUCUGUCCACUCGGAUUUAGCAAAGGCACCUAUUAAAGUAUUUGGCGUACAAGGUCGCUAUGCGCACGCUAUCUACUCAGCAGCUACUAAACAAAAGUGCUUAGAAAAAGUCGAAAAGGACUUAAUGGAUAUGAAGCAAUCAAUUGAUAGCGAUAUUCAAUUAGAACGAUUAAUUGCUAAUCCUUUCAUGAAGAGACAAGUUAAACGAGGCGUUUUGGAGGAAUUGUUGAGAAAGCGCAAUGCUCAUGAAUUAUCAUUAAAGGUUUUCGGUACUCUUUCCGAAAAUAAUCGUCUUGGCAGUGCUUCCGAAAUAAUCGAAGCGUUCUCUCGUAUUAUGGAAGCUCAUAGAGGCGAAGUCAGAUGUACCAUCACCACCGCUAAGAAAUUAAACAAUGAUCAGCUGAAAAAUGUUAAGGACUCGUUACAAGGUUUCAUUGCAAAAAAUCAAAAACUUCAGAUCGCCACAGAGGUUGAUCCAAAAAUCAUUGGUGGCAUGAUUGUCGAUAUCGAUGAUAAAUAUAUCGAUAUGUCAAUCGCUUCAAGAAUUAAGAAAGUAAUGAAAGCUAUGAAUACGGCCACUUAGAAGGCUGUAUAUGUUU